AUGCCAUAUAACAGUUUUGACCAAAGUUCCGGAAUAGGCCUAACCUCAAAUGGAGAAAAGUUAAAAAGCAAUAGACGACACCUGUGGAAGAUAGUACUUGUAGCGCUCGUUUUAAUUGUUGCUGGCGGUGCAUCGGUUUACUUUUUUGUCAUCAAAAACAAACCUCAAAACGCUAAUGUAGUCACAGACGACCAGUCAAAUGACAAUCCUUCAUCCUCUAGCAAUUCUACUAGCCCAUCCCAAAAUUCGACCGACCCAAACAACGGGCAGAACCUUUUUGAUGAUUCACAUGCUCCAAACAACUAUACACCCCCGAUAGACCAGCCUUUCCCUUACGGCAAGCAAGCAAUUCGUGGUGUCAACCUCGGCGGAUGGCUUGUCCUCGAACCAUUCAUCACCCCAUCCUUGUUUACUACUCCAGGAGUUAUUGACGAAUGGACUCUUUGUGCUUCUCUUGGUCCAACAAAAGCGAAAGACGUCAUGGAUAACCAUUAUUCUACUUUUUAUACCGAGGAUGAUUUUAAGCAGAUUGCUAGCUACGGUUUAAAUUUUGUAAGAAUUCCGGUUGGAUACUGGGCCGUCGAUAUAGUAGCCGGCGAACCAUAUGUACCAGAUUUAAGUUGGACUUAUUUGCUGAAGGGGAUUAAUUGGGCUAGAAAAUACGGAUUGAGAGUGUUGCUAGACUUGCACGCAGUUCCCGGAAGUCAGAAUGGAUGGAAUCAUAGCGGCAAACAAGGAACUAUCGACUGGCUUAGUGGACCUGAUGGCCCGGCAAACGCUCAACGAUCACUACUUAUUAUCCAAAAACUGGCAACGUUCUUCAGUGAUCCCAAGUACAUGCACGUUGUCCCUUUCUUUGGAGCACUCAAUGAGCCGAGAAUAAAUUUCGGUGGUCUCCAGCAAAAUGCUGUACAGAACUGGUACUUACAGGCUUAUAAGACAAUUAGAAAUACGAAUGUUACUGAAGACUGGAGGCCAUGGAUAGUAUUUCAUGAUGGAUUCGUUGGAUUUAAUACUUGGACUGGAUUAAAAGGGCUUGAUAGAGUUAUUCUUGACACCCAUAGCUACAUCGCGUUUGACCCCAAUUUGUCUAAACUUCCACCAACCUCUCAAAUCGUCUUCCCAUGCGCUAAAUGGGGUCCUCUUCUUCAAACCGCCAACCAAGUAGUACCUUUCGCUAUCACUGGAGAAUGGUCUGUAUCGACUAACGAUUGUGCAACAUUUCUAAACGGCGUAGAUGGCAAGCCAAGCUAUGAAGGUUCCUGUCCGACAUGCACGUGCACCGGUGCCCUUGAUUAUAAAAACUAUAGCGCUCAGACAAAAGAUUUCAUGAAACAAUUUUUCCUUGCUCAAGUUGAUGCGUUUGAGAUGGGAGGAGGUUGGUUUUUUUGGACUUGGAAGACUGAGAAUCAUGUUAAUCCUACUUGGGAUUAUCAACUUGGAGUGGAACAAGGGUGGAUUCCGCAAGAUCUCCAAAACCGUCAAGUAACAUGUGCAGGACUAAAGGCGCAAUAUCCAGACGCAUUCGCUUCUCUCGCAUAA